UGGGGAAAACGAGCGUUUUCCGCUGACCUGUGCUUUAAGGUGCAGGGAAUAAAAGUGGAGGUGAAAAUGAACCGCCAUAUCAGUCUGCCUGCUUCUACUACCACCACUUUUCAGUGUAAAACUCCCAUUCCAGCAAGACAUGGAGUCUGCCAUUAAUGUCCUCGUUGCCCAGUUCAAGACUUUUGCUGGAAAAGAUGGCAGCUCACACACCUUGAGCAAAGAUGAAUUUCAGACCCUUGUGGCGUCCCAACUUCCGAACCUAGUUAAGAACGCCAGCGAUCCUUCUGCGAUCGACCAUCUCAUGAGCUCCUUGGAUGAGAACAAUGACGGUGAACUGACGUUUCAGGAAUUCUGGCAGCUUAUUGGUAAACUGGCGAGCGCGCAUGGCGGCUUCAGCCAAUAACUUCGCAGGCGAACCGUUCGAAUUGUCUCGGGGGAAACGAUUCGGCCGAGAUAGAAGCGCGAGACCUUCCCCUUCUAGCUGCAGCACAAAAGAUUGUAAGUUAAACAUUGAUGAAGACAAUCGACGAUAAACAGGAAAAACAAUGUUGUACUAAGUCAUAAAAUUUAUCUUGGUUUUAUUGACCUUGUGGACCUUGUAAUAAAAGAUUGCAUACAUGUUGGA